AUGGAGGAAGAAGCCGCUACCAUCCCUGAUCUGCUCGCUCCGCCGGCCGUGGUCUCGCUCAGGGCCGGGACAAUGGAGCGGUCGCUCACCGAGGACAUCCGGGAGGAGAGAGAGGAGCUCCGCGAGGCCGCUGAGCAGACCUUGAACGUUAUCAUGGACCUCAAUAUCGACGGGACUAUCCGCUGGGUCAGCCCUUCUUGGGUCGACGUUAUCGGAACUCAACCUGACUCGGUCGUGGGUACUCCGAUCGCCAAUCUCAUUGUCAGCGACAAUCCAAACAUCUUCUCGGAUGUCGUUGAAAGUAUGGCUCAAGAUGACAGACGGAGCCAGUUCAUCCGCUUUGCUGUCAAGUUGGGCCCGUUGUCCAAGCUGAUGCACCUCGAGAUUCAGCAGGAACCGGGAGAGCCCGCCCGGCCCGUUAUUAUCGACCUGGAAGCCCAAGGCAUCAUGGUCUAUAGCGGGCCAUCAGGCGGGGAAAGCCAUACCAUGUGGAUGAUUCGACAAUGGGUUGCCCCGCGAGAGAUCAAGAUCGACCUGCCUGCCGUCAUUGUCGACUCUCUGGGCUCCGGUGCUCAGGUUCUUGCCAGCUAUCUCACUCAACUUGCGGAGUCCGGUCUGGAUGACCCUGCCGAACACCCACCGCCGCUACCUGUCCUUUGCAGGAUAUGUGAACGACAGAUUUCGCCAUGGUGGUUUGAGAAACACACGGACCUGUGCUUGCAGGAGCAUCGUGCUGAGAUGGAUGUCCAGAUGGCCCAGGAAAGUCUGACGGAGCACCGCCAUGCAAUCGUCAAGGUGCUUGACGCGCUUGAGGCAAGACACAGCAGGUCGCUGGCAGGAGGAGACCAGAUGAACCUACCUCUCGCCGAGUACAAGGGUCUUGCCAUUGGUCCUCCGACCUCGUCCAACUCGUCCCCCGGUAACUCGUCUCCUGUGCCCGGUGCAGUUCCUGGCCGGUCGCGUGAACGGUCCUCGGGAUUUGGGCACGCGCGAGCUCGCUCCUUCGCCGUUCGCAGACCCCAGGCCAGGAUCGUUGAAUUGCUCCUGGAUCUCUGCGAUACGGCCAUCGAAAUUAGCACCCCUGCCAUAAAGGAGACAUCCCAGACACCUGGCGAGUUUCGCACGCAGUCGCCGCAGUCUGAAAGCCGGAUCGCGCAGGUGCUGCAGUGGGAGACGCCAGGCACAAAUACCCUGGAGCAAGAACAAGGACUCGCCCUUCUCUGCGCUGACACCGAGAAGGUUGCCAAGGACAAGGUUGAGGCCAUUUUUCGCUACCGCAGGAUCCUAGAGUACUCUGAACGGAUUCGGAUCGAAUUUGCUUACAUGGUUCAGGACUGCAUAGAUGCUGCCAUGCGCAAGGCCGCCAAGAUUGCCGCCGGCCGCCUCAGUGACUCGGCCGAUGAGCAAGAAGAAGAGGAAGAGGAAGCCGAGCUUAUCCCCACUGUAACUGAAGAAGGCAUCUUCUCCGGGUCUUUCGAGGCCCCCUCUAGCUUGGCAUUGGCGUUGCAGAAUGCUGAUAUCAACGAGGACCCUGACAAGCGUCGGCUACCACUGGCGCUGCACUCUCCAAAGUCAACUAGCCCCAAGGAGUGCCCCACGCCGCGGUCCAACCGUGGACCUGUCAGUAGCCAGAUUGGCGCGAGUCAAUCUCGCCGGGAGUCGAUGGUUUUCGAGAGCGAUGCUGGGGACAGCGACGGCAGUCUAAGAUCCUCUUCGGUGGCAUCUAGAGUGCCGCAGAGGACCGAUUCGCCAAUGUCCGAGUUUGGCGAUCUCCGCCGCCAGGCAAGCUCCAGACAGCACCACCGCAAAAGCUUGAUUCUGCCGGGAGCCGUGUCACCACGAAGACAAGAGUCUCCGUCAAGGACCGGGCAGCCGUCAUCGCCCCUCCGGAUUCAUAAGCCCCGCAGUCUUCCGUUCGCUCCCGACGCCUUGAUGUCCCCGGAACCGUCCCCAAUGCUCCCAAGCAGCGAAUUCACUUCCCCCAGCAUCUCGCACACCUACCACCAUCAUCGAAGGCAGUCAUCCGCCGCGGUCUCUUCAGUUCCUGGGGAGCCGUGGGUCAAACCGCCACCUUCGCCCCGACUAAGCGCCGUUGUUGGAGGCCCCCAGGCCAAGGCCGUUGCUCCUUCCAUCAAGGACUUCGAAAUCAUCAAGCCCAUAAGCAAAGGCGCAUUUGGCAGCGUCUACUUGUCAAAGAAGAAAUCCACCGGCGAGUACUUUGCCAUAAAGGUCUUGAAGAAGGCCGACAUGGUUGCCAAGAACCAGGUCACCAACGUCAAGGCAGAGCGCGCAAUCAUGAUGUGGCAAGGCGAAAGCGACUUCGUUGCAAAGCUGUACUGGACCUUCUCGAGCAAGGACUAUCUGUACCUCGUCAUGGAGUACCUCAACGGAGGCGAUUGCGCCUCUUUGAUCAAGGUACUGGGGGGCCUCCCCGAGGACUGGGUCAAGAAAUACCUCGCAGAGGUUGUCCUUGGGGUCGAGCACUUGCACAGUCGGGGAAUUGUUCACAGAGACCUGAAGCCAGACAACCUGCUGAUCGACCAAAAGGGACACUUGAAGCUGACCGACUUCGGUCUGUCACGGAUGGGGUUGGUUGGACGGCAGAAGCGAGCUUUGACCAGCGGGACUGACGCAGCCCCUGACCUCCUCAAGCAGGGCCCUUUCGCUCGGUCCACGUCAAUAGCGUCGUCUCGAUCCACGUCGCUUGAUCUUCACGGGCGAAGUCACUCCCCGGGAUCAACACCCCUGAUGACGCCGAGCGACUAUGGCACAAGCUUUGGACAGCCGUCGUACUUCAACCUGGGCGCAUUCUCGCAAGAACCGCGGCGCGUCUCGAACCAUCGCAGCGAUAGUGGCGGCAGCGAAGCCUUGACGCAGAUGCUCGGAGCCUUGUCUCUCAAUGAUACUCAUGCAAACUCGCAGGUCAUCUUGUCUCCUGCCGACGGUAGCGAGACCGAGGCUGCUGGGUCCCCGGAGCUCGGCCUGCUUUCCAACACGACGACGCAGAACAGCACCGAGUCCAGCAGGGGGACCCCUCCGCUGCAAGCCAUGCCCCCACCUAACUGGGCUCUGUUUGACCCUGAGGAUACGAACCGUCGAUUUGUCGGCACGCCUGAUUACCUGGCCCCUGAGACCAUCAGAGGUGAACCGCAGGAUGAGACGAGCGAUUGGUGGUCUGUCGGGUGCAUCAUGUACGAGUUCCUCUAUGGCAUUCCUCCGUUCCACGCUAGCGAGGCAGACAAGGUUUUCGAGAACAUCCUGGCUCGCAGAAUUCAUUGGCCAGACGAGAGCGAGGAUGAGGUGUCUCCGGAAGCAAAGGAUCUCAUCAACAAGUUGCUUUGCUCCGACCCUCGGCAGCGGCUGGGAGCCAACCGCGAUGAGAAGUACCAGUCUGGAGGCGACGAAAUCCGUCACCACCCGUGGUUCAGGGAUGUGAACUGGGACACGCUGCUCCAGGAUGAAGCACAGUUUGUCCCGCAACCGGAGAAUCCAGAAGAUACCGAGUACUUUGAUGCUCGCGGUGCCACCCUACAAUCCUUUGCCGAGGAGAUUGAGGAUCAGCACUCGCCGCCUGCAGCCACGCCCGCUACCGACUAUCCUGAUCGCCCGCAUGAUGCACUUUCCCGUGUCCGGGCCCAGGUCAACUCGGUGAAGCGCGGUCUCAUGCCGCUUCACAUUCCCCCGCAUGUCCGCGAUCUGAAGAGCAGGCGCUUGAGCGAGCCCGUCGCGGCUGACGACUUUGGCAACUUCUCCUUCAAGAACCUGCCCGUACUCGAGAAGGCGAAUAAAGAUGUGAUCCAGAAGCUUCGAGCCGAAGCGAUGGCGGCUCAGUGCAAGCCGAUCAGUCCCGGCGGGCUGGGCAACCUCACAUCAUCAGGGCCGUCACUUGAAGGCAGCCCAGUUAUGACGAACCCCGUUCAAAGAUCACGCUCGAACGCAAAGCCGUCCCGUAGGCCGCAGUCCCCGUCCGGCGUCAGCCAGGCCAAUUCGUCGCCCAGCCGCAUCUCACAGCCGUCGUCGCCAUUGUUGGUCUCGUUUGUCGCAGGUACUGGUGCCGAAAGCCGACGGAAGGCAUCGAGCAAUCCGUCCAGCUUAUCCCAGCCGUCGGGGACCUCGUUGCAGCCAGGAAGCUUCUUUGAGGUGCCACGCGUUCCGCCUAGCCUGCAGAAAGCGGCCACCACAAUCGCCACCACCUCGUCGCACAUCAAGGGCCGGGGAGGUGCGCCUGUCCCGAUGCCGCUGUCGCCUCAAAAGGUCAUGCCAAACCAUGUAGUGUCCACGCCUCGGCACAGCAGCAGCUCAUCCGGUGGCCGUUCUCGCUCGGUCACGGUUGGCUCGCAAGAAGGCAGCCCUGCAAUGACGGAUGCGCUGGCAGCACACCACAGAAACCGUCGCAGCCAGGUCUUUGAUAUGUCGCCGUCAUCUUCGGACAACGAGGGGGAUAAAGCGAAUGCAUUGCUCAGAGUCCAGCGACGUCGUCAAAGCGCAAGACGCAUGUCGUACAUCGCAGCAGGAGAUGGCCCCGUCUUCCGGCCUUUGGAUGUGCUCAUUUGUGACGACCAUCCCGUCUCUCGGAUGGUGAUGGAGAAGCUCUUGGAGAAGCUACGGUGCCGUACAAUCUCCGCAGCCACCGGCAGCGAAGCCAUCCGAUACGCCAUGAGCGACAUCAAGUUCGACAUCAUGUUCCUUGAGUUCCGGCUGCCCCAGCUCUCCGGGUCAGACGUUGCGCGCAUGAUCCGCGACACCAAGCACACCAACACGCACACCCCGAUGGUCGCAAUUACCUCGUAUCUGAAGGAAUUGCCGGCCCCUCAGUACUUUGACUCGCUCGUCGAGAAGCCUAUUAGCUCGUCGAAGCUGAUUGAGGUGCUGAGCACGCUUUGCCACUGGAAGGCCCCUUCGCCAAGCCAGACUAACUCUCUGUCUCUGACGCUCCCACAUCCCAUUCCAUCUGGUCUGCGACAAGAGAGUUUGCGGCUGGAGGAUAGCCCCACGUCUGCCUCGUCAGGGUACGCAAUUCGAUCCGGCAGCAGCUUCCGCGAAGAUUCCAUCAGCUCCAGCCUCUAUGGAGACUCUGAAUCAGUGGCGACUGACGACAUUCCGGUCCUCAUCAGCAGGAAGGCGACGGGUGACUGGGACGAAGGUGGCCUCGGCAUUUCAGGCCCCGAAGAAGUUGCCGCGGGCUCCGGCAACCCGCCUUUGUCUCCUCUCCACCCACGCCUCGUCACGCAGCAGUCGGACCCCCCACAGAUGGAGCACUCUCCGGUCCGGACGAAAGGGCCCGCGCCGCAGCGUUCGCUCGAGAAAUUGAAGGCCAAGCGCGAAUCGAUCGAGAAGCGCCGGUACCAAGGCAGUGUCGAUUCGGCCGACGACGAGGACGACGAGCUUGGCCUGAGCGCAUCACCAAACCAAACCGGGAGCGGGAGCGGGAGCAGCAGCGGCAGCGGCAGCGCGAGUGGCAGCAGCCCGGGAUCCCCAUCAGGCCAACAAUACCGCACCAAGCCAAUGCUGCCGUCGUCCAAACUUGGCAUCGAGAUGAUGCGCGUCAACAGCCACGAGAGCUUGGUCGCCGGGUCAGAGGACGCAAGCACAGUGGAACCAGCAACACAGGUAGUCACGCCGAAUCAGGAGGUACAAAUGGAGUUCCCUCAUCUGGAGGGGACAGCAGCUACGGUUUCGGCAACGCCAGCCUAUGAUACUCACGUGUCGAAGGGACAAGGGCAGCAAUCUCAUCCCAUCGUGACGCGCACGCCGCCCGGUCUAGAGGCAGGGGCCUUGGGCAGGCACGGUAUUGGCGCCGACGUCGAUGAGACCCCGCGUCUCACCCCUGUUCUGGGGAGGGAUGAGGUCGGAGACCCGGACCCCACUCCACGACGACCGCCGGUCAGGACGGCGGAUCGGGACGACACUAUGUCGCCAUUUCCUGAGGGGAUAUGA